AUGCCGGCCGCCGUGGCCCAUGGCAACAGCAUCAGCGGAGGUGGCUCGGCUCCCUUCAUGACCACCACGACCACUACGACCACGACGCAUACCCUUACGAAUAACAACCGACGGACGUCGAAUGAGCUGGGACGGAGAUCUUUGGACCAGGCGUCGCCGCCGGUGGAUCACUUGCCGGGCGGGUGGCCGCAUACUCCUGGGUUGAAUGGGGGCCUGAAUGGGAGUGUGAAAGAGGGGAUCGGGGGGAAGGAUGGGAGUAUACUGAGUGUGCCGAGUAAUGCGAAUGGCAGCGAAAGGGCACCCAGUGCGAAGAGUAUAGCGUUGAGCAUGAAGUCGCGGCGCAGCGCAAGCAAUCUCAAUGCUGUGGAUGGUGAGAGGAGGUCUGGUGAGGCCGUCAAGGAGAACACAAGCAGACUGGGGGCAGCGGAAGAGGGCUACUUCUCUGGCAUUCUUAAUGGGAAGCCUGCUGGCCCGCCUAGGAGUCCGCUCAGCAAACCUGUGGCCAUGACGAAUGGCGAUGUUCCUACCACACCCGGACGAACCGUGAGCCAUGGAGCUGGCAUGGUCCCCAUGACAUCCAACACCACACUCCCACCCCUCGAGGAGACUUCGCCGCGAAGCGGGCAUGUCGACGGAAUGCUCAAGCCUCCCACACACAGCCACCAUCACCACCGCGCGUCAUCACCUCCCGCCUUCAAUCCCGACGCGAGUUCUACCGCCCUUCAGCCGAGACCUGAUCGACUUACUCACAGACAUACCUUGGAAGUGCCAAAGGUGAACACCCGAACGUCGAAAGAUGGAGGAGACCCCACUGCCAUGGGCUUGGAUGGACAGGCGCUGUCCGCUACCGGACGUUUCUCGCCAAACACACCCACCCGAAGACGAGCGUCGUUACAAUUAACACGACGGGCGACAAGGUCUGUUCAUUCUGAUAUGCACCUGGACGAUAUACCGCAAGAUGAGGAUGCUGCGAGAUGGGCAGAACACAUCAAGGCCAAAAGAGCGUCCAAGAAGCACAGAGCAGAUACUGAUGAUGAGCGGGUGGUUGUUGGCACCAAGGUCGAUGAGAACCACGUUAACUACGAGACGGCAUACAACAUGCUCACAGGUAUCCGCUUCACCGUUUCCAGGACGAACGCCAAGCUGGACCGUGAGCUCACCGAAGCCGACUUUGUCGCCAAGCACAAGAUGAGCUUCGAUAUUACGGGUAACGAACUGACACCGAGCGCGAAAUACGACUUCAAAUUCAAAGACUACGCGCCUUGGGUUUUUCGUCAUUUGCGGGCCAUCUUCAAAAUCGACCCGGCCGAGUAUCUCAUGUCCUUGACUUCUAAGUACAUUCUUUCGGAACUGGGAUCGCCGGGCAAGAGUGGCUCAUUCUUCUACUUCUCACGAGAUUACAAGUACAUCAUCAAGACGAUCCAUCACGGCGAACACAAGUUUUUGCGGAAGAUCCUGAAGGAUUACUAUCGACAUGUCACCGAAAACCCGAACACGCUGCUCUCGCAAUUCUACGGCCUGCACCGUGUGAAGAUUCCUUAUGGUCGCAAAAUCCACUUCGUGGUCAUGAACAACCUUUUCCCGCCACAUCGGGACAUUCACAGGACGUUUGAUCUGAAGGGAAGCACAAUAGGACGUGAUUUCCGGGAAGAAGACUUGGAGAAGAAUCCUCGAGCGACGUUGAAGGAUCUGAACUGGCUGCGACGGAACCUGCACCUGGAGUUUGGACCGACGAAGAAGGAGGCCUUUGUCAAGCAGAUGCAGAGGGAUGUGGCGUUACUGCAGAGGCUGAAGAUUAUGGAUUACUCGCUUCUUGUGGGCAUUCAUGAUCUGGAGCGGGGCAAUGAGGAGAAUUUGCGUGACAAGACAUUGCAGGUUUUCCAGCCGGGUGGAGAGGAGAAAGAUGAGCCUUCUGGAGGCAAUUCUCGACAACUAGCGAGGACGCCGAGCAAGUUGGAGACGGCGAAGAGGGCGAAGGAGCUGCGAGAGAUGGUCAAGAAAGAGAGGCCGAAACCGAUGGAUCAGACGCUGGAUAGGAUGCCUGAAGAGUCGCACAAGAGUUCGUUCUUCUUCUACGCGGAUGAUGGUGGUUUCAGGGCGACGCAUGAGGACGAUACGCCCGGAGAGGAGAUCUACUACCUUGGCAUUAUCGACUGCCUGACAAGGUACAACUACGUGAAAAAGGCAGAGCACUUUUGGAAAGGCAUGGGCGGUCAUGAAUCGCAGAUCUCCCCUAUACCACCUGACCGAUAUGGCGAUCGCUUCGUGCGAUUCAUUUCUGGCAUUACGAUGUCGCGGGAACGAGCCGAGAAGCAGCGAUUAUCAGCAGCACUCGAAGCCGCUGGCGCUAACAUCCAGAUUCCUGACGGCAUCGAAGGGACUGUCAACGAUCCCGCACUGGGCGGCAUCAACCUCCAUCGAGAUCCUCUUGAUCCACCUGGUACGGAGAAAGUUAUGAGUAAGGCAGAACAUAUCGCGGAGAAGAGUCGAAGACGUGGUUCACGAGAGGAAGAUGUACCUGAACGCUCGCUAGGAACUACAAAGGGCGAUGACAACGCUACACUACCAGUCAUCGGCGAGGCAGCCGAAAGUGCCAGCAACAAUAGCCGGACACCUUCGCGACAUGUCACACCUGAACCUAGGCGAGAGGACGUCCAAUCUCACCGACCCGUUGUUGGCAAUGCGGAAAUGCCACCCGAGGCCAUCGGCGAAGUCCCACCACCCACACCGCCCAAGAUAGACGGCAGUGUCGACCGCCGCAGUCUCGAAGAGCGCCGAAGCUGGGGCGGCAAACCACCACCCACACCGCCCAAAGACGACCGCAAAAGCCGACCCUUGGACAAAGAUCUCCCCUUACCGCCUCUCAUGCCCCAAGCAAGCACCCAACUCUCAGCGAGUCCCUCCAGGAUCGGCGAGAGCGAUUUCGGACUUUCGGUGAAGAGAAGCUAG